AUAUAGUGCACUGAAAUAUAUAAGGCAUUUGCUUAUAACUGUGGCUGAGAACGCCCUUCGCUGUUCAGAUCACGACUUCAUCUUCUCUCGCAGCCAUAUUAUACUAAGCAAAGUGCUUGUUAGGUCAAGAUGUCCACCACCAUGACCACCACCACGACCGCCUUGCCAGCUGAACCGACCACGCUCUAUUACUACCUUGAGGUGAAGGAUGGCGGCAUCAUUCAAACCUAUCCGGGCACUGCGUUCGAGAAACGCAGGAAGCAUGUUCCUCAUGAUAUGAACAUCAAUGAUCUGCGCCCUGUCCGUGACGAAUUCACAGUUGAUAAAUGUGGAUUUGAAUUGGUCAACUUCAAAUCAGGAGUCAAGGACUUCGGGGACGAAGAAAAAACGAAGGAAGUCUUCUACCCUGAGAUCAAAUCUUUGAUCAAGAAAGUUACUGGCGCCAACGACGUCCACAUCAUAUCGCAUAUGUGCCGACGAGCCACGACCGCCGACUCUCAAGAGGAUGCCAAGGGCAAGUCCGACACUGACUUCGUCACACUCAACAACCCAGCGAGAUUCGCCCACUGCGAUCAAUCCUACCGCGGUGCUGAACAGCUAUUGUUCUUGAACCUUCCCGAGGAGGAGGCCGAGCGAAGAGUCAAGAAGAGAUGGGCCAUCAUGAACGUCUGGGCCCCAAUCGAGAAGACCGUCCAUCGCGACCCCUUGGCAUUCUGCGACUUCCGUACCAUUGACGAGAAUGAUUUCCGUACCGUCGUUGCCAACCUACCACCAUCAGGAAAAGGCGAGUACGCAAACGUGUCAAAGAACUUUUCCCAUAAGCCCCGAGCCGAAUACUCAUCCAACGGCGAGAAAGGGGCCCGGUACGAGGUUACCAACCUAGCACACAACCCCGGACAGAAGUGGUACUACGCCAGUGACAUGACACCAGAGGAGGCGUGGGUCUUCAAGAUCUUCGACUCCAAGACCGAUGGCCGAGCCAAGUGUGCGGUACACUCUUCCUUCCCUCUUCAGGACCAACCAGAGCGUGGUGAGCCAAGAACAAGUGUCGAGAUCCGCACGUUUGUUUUCUGGGACGAGGAGGAAUCGGCCUAGAUGGGUCCUUUGCAAGAUUAGUGCCAACGUAUAUAAUUCCUGCAAUCAUGAUGUGAGUAUAGCGCAUAAUUGUCAUCCUUCAAUUGGAAAGAUCUUCCACGGUCGUUUGUAAAGUGCAGCCACUUUCCUAGUUGUCAAAUCAGACUGA